AUGCCCGCGCCAGGAGACCAACACAAGGAUACGAUCCAUUCGGCAAACCCCUUCGCCGACACGACACCGACCAUCUCCAAAUACACGGCCGUUGAGAUUGCCACGCUCCAGUCGCGCCUCGAGAAACAACUCGGCCCUGAGUACAUUUCCACUCGACCCGGCGCAGGCGGCGGCAAGGUCCAUUAUCUCGCGGCGGAGAAGGUCAUCAACCUCGCCAAUGAGGUCUUUGGCUUCAAUGGCUGGUCUUCAUCGAUUCAGAAUGUGCAGAUAGACUUUGUGGACGAACACCCGACAACACAAAAAAUCAACCUGGGCUUGUCCACCAUUGUGCGCGUCACGCUCAAAGAUGGCAGCUUUCAUGAAGACAUUGGUUAUGGACAUUGCGAGAAUGUCAAGGGAAAGGCGGCGGCGUUUGAAAAGGCGAAGAAGGAGGCAGCGACGGACGCCAUGAAGCGGGCGCUGCGGAACUUUGGGAAUGUCUUGGGCAAUUGUCUCUACGACAAAGACUAUCUUUCCAGAAUCACAAAGGUCAAGGUACAGCCGUCGAAGUGGGAUGCCAGCGACCUGCACCGACAUCGAGACUAUAAAGAGGUAAAGAAGGAGGCAACGAGUUCAGACGAGAGGCAGGCUGUCAGGUCGGACGAAGCGCCGCGGCAGGGAAAUAGCAAUGGUAGCGCUGUCAAAAGGAAUACAAGCGUGCAGUCGGUGCACUCAGCUGGAUCUUAUGGAAGCGCAGAAUUCGAGGAUGAUUUCGACGGCGAUUUCGACGACACAGACUUUAGCCAUCCGGACGAGGUCAGAGUGGACGACAGCAUCGCUUCAAACGCCGGUGAGGGCAGCACUCGUCUGCCAAAGCAGGCAGCGCCACAACAACGGCAAGAGCUGCGACCGGUGAACAUUCAAGCGCCGACGCCCAUGCAAGGUAUGCAGGCGCCGCAACGACCGCAGAGUCUCCAGAGACCACCCCCGAACGCUGCUCAGCGCCCUGCAAACUCCGCUCGAAUGGGACCACCUCAGACGCCUGGAGACCAUGCGCCACCGCCCGCGCGAUAUCAACAACAGGUGGGCAAUGGAGGCGCACCACAACUCAACACCACCGAAGCCCAGCGAUCCAACUCGUCUUCGGACGAUUCCUCACAUCCACCCGAGCCUCGACCGCAGGCGCCGCCACCAGGUGCACCCAUAGGCUUCGUCACGGGCAGGAGAGCCGAUGUCGUCAAUACACCCACUGGAGCUGGGGCCGCCAUUGAGGGCCUGGCGUUCAAUCCUCACGCGGAGAGUCCUUCAAUACGAAGAACGCAAGGUGUCAAUCCCGGCAAAUCUGCGCCCAUCACGAGAGACGUUCUAAAGGCAGCCAGGGAAGGCCAGAAUCAACAGCAGCCGGCCCAACAACAUCCACCAGGCGCCACACGAUCUGCUGGAGCGAAUUACACCAACCCAUCAGCAGACAUGAAUCGUAAGAUAGGGAUGCCGCAGUCUCCAGCCGGUGGGGGUGGUUUCAGUGGAGGGCGUGGCUCUGGCGCGUACAAGCCGCCGACGUCUCAUGGGGUCAAGAGGAGCGCAUUGGGGGAUGUCACAAACAUGCAAUUGAAUCAAGGCAUGGAUGGUGCUUCCGACCCGAAAAAGGCGAAGAUCGAGACUGGUGGGAAAGCAGAUGGAUUGGUUGAAUGA